AUGGGAAAUCAAGCACCAACCCUACCUCGAAUUUCACGCACUGUGUCGCAGCUUUCUGGUCCAGGCGCUACAAAUUCUCCUAACGAUCCCUGGUUUCUUGCUGCACUAUCGUUGUGCCACAGCCGGACAGGGCGAAUCCUUGACGCAGUCAGAGUGGCCUGCUCCUAUCUUCCCAUUCGCAUGGCGCGACUGGCAGGAUGUGCCUACCUACUUGUACGUACAGAAAUUCGUUCGUCCGGCCGAGCCCUGGCCUAG